AUGAUAAUCAAUUUAUUAAAUGAAACAAUUGGCGGAUUAUAAGUCUUAUUGAGACAUAAAAAUAUUUAUACUGCCUUAGUUCACACUAAUUAACCAAUUGAUACAUCUCUUGAAGAAUUAAAUACCGAAAUCAUUAAGAUGGUAGAGGAGACUCCUAAAUUUCCAAUAGAUUUUGAGAUGUUCAGCUUUACUAAAACAUUUUGUGAUGCAGAGUUCAUUACUGGAAAUUAGAUCUUGUAGUCUUAAGAUAAUAUGUGGCCAGAAUAUUAUAAGAGUAGAAAAGACUUUUAGGAGAUUAAGAAAAAAGAAUUUUUGGAAAGAAAAAAUUUUGUUAUUUCCAAAAAGUUAACUACGCUCUCAGUCUAAACUCAUCCUUUUUUUAAUAUGCCUAAUUUCACCAACUUUAUCACAUCAAAUCCAAAUAUUUAAGAAUCAAAUAAUUAGGAUUUCGGAAUUUAGAAUAAAAUAGUACCUGCAUUCUAAAACUUCUAAGAUGCUUCAUUAUAUUUUCGAACUUUAAUAGAUAAAGAGGAUAGAGUAUUUUAUGAUGUUGGGCCAUAAUGUCUACAUUAAGUUUUAGAUAUUCUUGAUCUUUAUAUAAUCACCAUAUAUUCUGGCGAAUUGGAUGAAAAAUUUAGAGUAGGAAAAAUGCCAGAUUUUGAAUUAAUAAAAAAUAAAUUUAAGUUAACUUAUAAAUCUUAAGUUUAUCCUUAACAUAAAGGGCAUUUGUAAUUUUUAGUUUUUGAAAAAUGA